AUGUCGCAAGAGCAACAAAAUAAUUAUAGUAGAGAAUACAACAAAAAGCAUCACUCUGAUGGUGAAUCUACUAUCGAAGGAGUUAUCGGUAAAGAAGAAAUAAAUAGUAGUGAUAGUGACACAGGCAUUUAUCCCAACAGUGGUGGUUUUGGUGAAGUGAAUGGUAAUGCUGUCAACAUUGAGGACGCUAUUUCAAAUUAUGAAGAAAUUCGUAGAGAGUUAACUCAGCAAUCUCGACUUUCUCGUCAAAAAUCAACUCAUCCUGAUGAAGUCGAAAAGGGUGAUGUCAAAGAUUUUGAUUUGACAGAUUUUUUGCGUGAGCAAAAUACUCAAGGUCAAUCUGAGGGCUUUCAUCCUAAACAUAUGGGCGUUAUCUGGAGGGAUUUGGUAGUUCAAGGUCUUGGUGCUGAUGCUAAAGUUAUUCCUACUAAUUGGACUAUGUUAAAAUCAUUUACUAAUUUUUGGAAAUGGGGUCGUCAUUCAGGCCAUGAUUUUACUAUUCUUAAGUCUAACGACGGCUUUUGUAAAGAUGGUGAAAUGUUACUUGUUCUUGGUCGUCCAGGUUCAGGUUGUACUACUCUUUUGCGUGUCAUUGCUAAUAUGCGUGCCUCUUAUACUAAUAUUGAGGGCACUGUUCGGUAUGGUGGUAUUGAAGCUCAAGAGUUCUCUAAACAUUUCCGUGGUGAAGUCUGUUAUAAUGAAGAGGAAGAUCUCCAUUAUCCUACUUUAACUUGUAAGCAAACCUUGACAUUUGCUUUAAAGAAUAAAACACCCGGUAAACGUUUUCAGGGAGAGUCUAAGGGAGAAUUCAUCAACAAAGUUCUUUAUUUGAUCGGUAAUAUGCUCGGUUUGACUAAGCAAAUGAAUACAAUGGUUGGCAAUGCCUUUGUCCGUGGUCUAUCCGGCGGUGAACGUAAACGUCUUUCGAUUGCUGAACAAAUGACAACUCGUAGUUCAAUCAACUGCUGGGAUUGUUCUACUCGUGGUCUUGAUGCUGCUUCUGCUCUUGAUUAUGUUCGUUCUCUUCGUAUUAUGACUGAUAUCUUACACAAGACAACUAUCUCUACUCUCUAUCAGGCCUCUGAUAGUAUCUUCCAUCUCUUUGAUAAAGUGAUGGUUCUUGAUGAAGGUCGUUGUAUCUAUUUUGGUCCUACUUCUACUGCCAAGCCUUACUUUGAGGAUAUGGGUUUCUACUGUCCUGAACGUAAGUCUACUCCCGAUUUCUUGACCGGCCUUUGUAAUAUGAAUGAACGUGAAUACCGUGAUGGCUUUAAGGAUAAGGUCCCUGUAAAUGCUGUUCAAUUUGAAAAGGCUUAUAAGGAAUCUGCUAUUUAUACUUCCAUGAUGAAUGAACGUGAUGAAUAUGAGGCAAAAAUUAACCAAGAUCGUCCGGAUGAAAAAUUCCGUCAGGCUUUUAUAGAAAGUCAUCAAAAGCAUGCCCCCAAGUCUUCCCCUUUUGUUGCUACAUAUUAUCAGCAAGUAAAAUCUCUCACUAUUCGUCAAUUCCAACUUAUUUAUGGUGAUAAAGGUGCUCUUGUUUCUCGUUAUGGUGGUGUCGUUGUUAAAGGUCUUAUUAUGGCUUCUGUAUUCUAUAAAAUGCCUACUGAUGUUACAGGUGCUUUCUCUCGUGGUGGCUCUGUUUUAUUCUGUCUUUUAUUUAAUGCCUUAAUUGCUCAAGCUGAACUUUCUGCUUUCAUGCAAGGUCGUCGUGUUCUUGAUAAGCAUAAACAUUUUGCUUUAUAUCAUCCCUCGGCUUUUUAUAUUGCUCAAGUCAUUGCUGAUAUUCCUUUGGCUAUCGUUCAGGUUAUUAUCUUUGAACUUUGUGUUUACUUUAUGAUGGGCUUCGUACUUGAUGCUGGAAAGUUCUUUACUUUCUUUGUUAAUCUAGUUGUUGUUAACUUAUGUAUGAAUGGUUUCUUCCGUUUCUGGGGUGCUGUCUCACCUAACUUCUUUACAGCUUCUCAACUUUCAUCUAUUGUGUUGAUUGCAGCCCUUGUCUAUUGUGGUUAUCAAAUUCCUUAUAAUCAAAUGCAUCCUUGGCUUAUGUGGAUUUACUGGAUUAAUCCUCUUGCCUAUAGUUAUAAAGCUUUAAUUUCUAGUGAAUUGCAUGGUAUGGAAUUCACUUGUGAAGGUCCCGGCUCGAUUCCUUAUGGCCCUACUUAUACAAAUGAUGCUUAUACCACAUGUAAUCUUGCAGGUGCUAUACCUGGUGCAAAUACUGUCAAUGGUGAUGUCUAUCUUCAUACUGCUUACGGUUAUGAAACAUGGCAACGUUGGAUUGAUUUUGUUGCAGUCUUAUUAUUCUUUGGCUUUUUCACCUUAAUCACUGCCCUUGCGAUGGAAUAUGUUGAGAUGCAAAAGGAAGGUUCGAUUACGAAGGUCUAUAAAGCAGGUCGCGCUCCUAAGGAAAUUGAUGAAUCUGAGGCACUUGGACAAGUCGUUCAAGAAAUGGAAGAAAAAAUGGAUGCUGUUAGUGAAGGUACUACAUUCUCAUGGCAUCAUAUGGAUUACACUGUUCCUGUUAAAGGCGGCUCCCUUAAGCUUCUAAAUAAUCUUGGUGGUGUCGUUAAGCCUGGUCAUCUUACUGCCUUGAUGGGCUCAUCUGGUGCAGGUAAGACGACUCUCUUGGAUGUCUUGGCUCAACGUAAAACGAUUGGUAAGAUUGAAGGCCGUAUUUAUAUGAAUGGCGAACCCCUAGGCCCCGAUUUUGAACGUAUCACAGGUUACUGUGAGCAAAUGGAUAUUCAUAAUCCUAAUGCUACAGUACGUGAGGCUCUUAAAUUCUCUGCUUAUCUUCGUCAACCUGCUGAAGUUCCUAAAGAAGAAAAGGAUGCCUACGUUGAACAAAUCAUUCGUCUUAUGGAAAUGGAAAGAAUUGCUGAUGCCCUUGUGGGUGACCUUGAAGCUGGUAUUGGUAUCUCUGUUGAAGAACGUAAGCGUUUGACGAUUGCUACUGAAUUAGUUGGUAAACCCAAGUUACUCUUCUUGGAUGAGCCUACCUCUGGUCUUGAUGCUCAAAGUUCUUUCAACAUUGUUCGUUUUAUUCGUAAACUUGCUGAUGCUGGUUGGCCUGUCCUGUGUACUAUUCAUCAGCCCUCUGCUACUUUAUUUGAACACUUUGACCAUCUUGUUCUUUUAGUCCGUGGUGGUAAGACGGCUUACUUUGGUGAGAUUGGUGAAAAUGCUAGUACAAUGAUCAACUAUUUUGAAAAGAAUGGUGGACCUAAAUGCUCUCCUUCAGCUAACCCCGCAGAAUAUAUCUUGGAAUGUGUUGGUGCUGGUACCGCUGGUAAAGCCACGAAAGAUUGGUCUGAGGUUUGGUCCAACUCACCUGAGGCUCAAGCCCUUGAAGAAGAACUUGAAGAGAUUCACAGAAAUGCAAAUCCUAACCACAAAAACAAUAACUCUGCCUACUCUUUGAGUUUUACACAACAAUUUUGGCUUGUCUAUAAACGUAUGAAUGUCUCCUGGUGGCGUUGUCCAACUUAUAACAUGGGACGUCUCUUCAACGUGUGCUUCAUUGGCCUCAUCUCUGGGUUCUCAUUCUGGAAAAUGGGUAAUAGACCGGUUGAUAUGCAAAACCGUAUGUUCUCUGUCUUUACUACCUUAUUAAUGUCCAAUGUCUUGAUUAUUUUGGCACAACCUCGUUUCAUGCAAGAACGUUUAUGGUUCCGUCGUGAAUAUGCCUCUCGUUAUUAUGGUUGGGCGCCAUUUGCACUCUCUUGUAUCCUUGUUGAGAUUCCUUACUUGAUCUUCUUUUCGACUAUUUUCUUAUUCUGUUUCUAUUGGACAGCAGGACUUCAAAAUGAAUCAAGUCGUACUGGUUUCUUCUUUAUUCAUUUCACUAUCUUCCUCUUUUAUUCUGUCUCACUUGGCUUCACCAUUGCUGCCUUCUCUGCUACACCACCUAUGGCUGCUGUCAUCAACCCUUUCUUUACCUCCAUUCUCAUCCUAUUCGCAGGUAUUAUGCAACCUCCGAGUGGUAUGCCUAAAUUCUGGAGUGCAUGGAUGUAUUGGCUAGAUCCAUAUCAUUAUGUGAUUGAAGGUCUUGUUGUGAACGUCAUGGACAGUGUCCCAGUGAUCUGUCAAGAUGACGAUUAUUACAAGAUCCCUCUUCCUCCUGGACAAUCCUGUGGUGAUUACAUGUCAGAUUACUUUAAAGAUGGGGGUCUCGGAUAUGUUGCCAAUAAUGCCUCCACUGAAAUCUGUAAUUAUUGUCCUUUCUCUCAAGGUAAUGAUUACUAUGAAGCGAGAAUUGGUUGGAGCUUUGAUUACAGAUGGCGUGAUUUUGGUAUCCUUUGUGCCUUUUCUAUCUUUAAUGUCUUUGCCUUUAUGGCAUUUGUUUUCAUGUUUAGAAAGGCCAAACGAUAA